AUGAGGCCCAGUGCCAUGCCCAGCGUCCUGAAGGAUAUCGGUCAAGUGGAUGUCAGCGAGCGCACCGUCUUGGAGGACCGACUGCGUUGCCGGUCACCUGACUCCUGGCUUGCGCCUGUGGGCGCGGGCCUAGGGCCAGUCGGCUUGGCCGGUGGGGCCCCCGUUGCGGUGGGCGGAGGGGUGCCUGCCGGUGUCGCGAUGGGCCGCGAUAAGCUCGAGCCUCGGUGCUCGGGAUGUGUGUGGGUGCCGCGAAGCGUUCGCUCUGCAGAGUUGGAGUUGCUUCCUUCGGAUCCGUGCCUGCGGCUCCAGACAGUUCUCAGCCCUGUUGAGUUCGUCACUGUCGAGCUUGUCAUGGUCGCCGAUGGCAUGGAAUGGAGCUCCGACUGGCACGGAGAGGCGGCCGAAUGCUACACCAGGUCGAGCUCGCCAGCUUACUGGUCUCUGGUCGAACAGAUCUGUAAGUUGAUCAAAGAGAAGUGCAGCGAUCUUCGCAGCGACAACCAGGCCCUUCGGAUCGACAACGAGCAGCUGCACGAAGCGCUUCUCAACUGCAACUCCCAGACCUGGACAGAGAGCUUCACGUGGGUGAACAGGGGACCAGGUCUCAUCCAGCUUCGCAUCCAGGGCCGGCAGCUUGAAAAAGUCAGGCGGCUCAUGCGCAACUACAAGAGGCAGCUUGUCGGCAGGCGAUUGCAAUUCUUGCCACCAAUUGCCUCCGAGAUGCUCACCGUAGGUGCUUGCGUGGACCAAGGCGUUUGGCCCAGGAAGCAGCGGCUCAGCGACGCUUCUCUGCCGAGCACCUGCGAUUCUGACGGAGAGCGGCGCCUUCAGAGGCCCCAGCAUCAGAUGGCAUCAGAGCAGGUGUUCUUCAACAAGAACGAUCUCGCGGCAUGGAUGCAUGGGGAGCCGGGGUCCAUCACGACAUUGUCGUUGGAAGAGUGCAUGACUCCGCCGUACCCCGGGCAGCAGCAUGAGUGUGGCUUCAUGUCGCAUCUUGAAGCACAUCGCAACAAGUGCCUUCCACAUUUCUGCAAGGCAGCGGGUACCCAUUUCGCCUACCAAUCACGUAUGGAUUCGCAUCAGGGGCCAGGCGGUGGCGGCGGAGGUGACAACAAAGACGAUGAUGACAAACCUCCACCUGAUCCCGGAGAAGAUCCAGAUCUUGCUGAUAUUUCUAUGUCUGAGGCUGAAGGCGAAAAGGUCGAAGAUAUCAACGAGAGGGAUAUGUUGGAUGCAAUCGGUGACAGUAUUCUUCGAAGAGCUGAAAUUGACGCCGCCGAAGGCGCGGCAUUACCACCUCUACCUCCUCCUGCGACAUUGGGCAGUGCAGGGCUGGACUUGCAGGCAGUGCAGAAGGGUAAGCCUGAGCCUCAGGUUGAUGCAGAAGACGUCUUGUCUUCAAAAGCCUUCGUGAUCCUUGCGACGGCUUUCAAUGUGGCUCGGAUCCCGGCGCAAACCAUCCAUGCAGAUUUAGCAGCCCAACGGGGCAUCAUGCCGGAGGCCCAGGGAGAGAAGCGUCCUCUCGACCCGGAUCCGGACGACGAUGACGAUGACGAUGAUGAUGGAUUCGGCCCAAUGCCUGUGCCAGCGCCGGCACAGACAAAGCCGAAACGCAAAAAGGUGCUGAAGAACGCGCAUGUAUAUUUGGAUAACCUGCCGAAGAGCGAGAUGUACGAGAAGAGUUUCAUGCACCGCGACGUGGUUCACUUGGCAGUCUGCAGCAAUGCGACAGGGUUUCUCGUGACCGGCAGCGAGGACGGCCACGUGAAGUUCUGGAAGAAGCAGUACGAGGGCAUCGAGUUCGUCAAACACUAUCGAGCACAUUUAGGGAAGCUGCUAGCCAUGGUCAUCUCGCAGGAUGGAAGAUUGCUCUCCACAGUUGGGGAUGACAAUGCAUUGAAGCUUUUCGAGGUCACAUCUUUCGACAUGAUCUGCAUGAUCAAGCUGAAGUUCAAGCCGCUUCAAGUGGAGUUCGUACACAAGAAGAACGCUCCGACCUCCCUCGUUGCGGUGUCAGAAUCGGAGUCCGGAAAGGUGCAUAUUCUGCAGCCGGAGAGUGGCACUGCUGAACCUCUGCGGACCCUCGAGGUCCAUGCCGAACCUGCCCAUGCCAUCAGGUACAAUCCGUGGGUUCACGCCUGCAUCAGUGCGGAUAAAUCAGGAGCGCUGGAACUUUGGGAUCCAGACACUCUGCAGAUGCCAACGAAGGAAACGCGCCCGGGGAGGCUCAAGUUCGAGAUCAAAAGCGAAACCCACAUGUACGAGUUGCGCAAGAACCAGACGCACGCGAUAUCUUUCUCCAUCAGCGUUGAUGGCAGCAUGUUCGUCAUGGUGUGCGAGGAUGGCCGUUUGAGAGUCUUCCGCUUCGCGACGAUGAAGAUGGUUCGUGCAUACGACGAGUCAAUGGAGAUGUUCACGGCGGCUCAGAGCGACCCGAACAUGGGUGAUCUCCACCUGGACAGGUUCGAUUUUGGACGGCGGAUUGCCGUGGAGAAAGAAAUGCGCAAGUCCCCUGCGCAGAUGUAUCAGCAGGCUCUGUUCGACGAGUCCUGUAAUUUCUUGGUCUUCACUUCGCUUAUCGGCGUCAAGAUUGUCAACUUGCAUACCAACAAGCUCGUGAAGAUUCUUGGAAAAGUCGAGCAGACCGAGAGAUUCCUUGGCCUGGCCCUGUACCAGGGCAAAACUCAGAAGAAGAAGGCAGCCCUUGGAGAAUCUGUCGUGGAAGGGGAGAAUGACCAGAAGGAGUCGGCAGACCCGAUCGCCUUGGUCACUGCCUACAAGAAGAACAGGUUUUACCUGUUCAGUGCUCGCGAGCCAGCAGAAAUGACCGCUGACUUGGGUCGAGACGUUUUCAACGAGAAGCCCAGCAAGGAAGACGCAGCCGUGGCGGCAUCGAUCAGGACGGAGAACCCGCUUGGCAAGCAGGCGACCAUUCACACCACGAUGGGAGACAUCGUCGUCAAACUCUUCUACCAGGAGUGUCCAAAGUCGGUCGAGAACUUCACGGUGCACUGCAAGAAUGGUUACUAUGACAACAUCAUCUUCCACCGAGUCAUCCAGGGCUUCAUGAUCCAGACGGGAGACCCACAGGGUGAUGGCACUGGCGGUGAGAGCAUCUGGGGAGGUGAAUUCGAGGACGAGUUCCAUCGGAACCUGAAGCACGAUCGUCCCUUCACCCUGUCCAUGGCCAAUGCAGGGCCAAAUACGAAUGGGUCUCAGUUCUUUGUCACGACAGUGCCUUGUCCUUGGCUGGAUGGCAAGCACACGGUCUUUGGACGCGUUCUGCAGGGCAUGGACGUGGUUCAAAACAUCGAGAAAACCCAGACGAAUUGCGAAGACAGGCCUUUGGUCGACAUCAAGAUUAUGACCAUCAAGAUCAUCAGCUAA